AUGGAUAAUCCAUUUUUAACUGACACAAAUUCGUCUGAUAAAAAGAGAAGCGUAAAUGAAUGUGCAACAAAAGUUGAAUCAACAGUUGAUGGACCUCCCAACAAUUCUAAUUUGAUGGCCGCUGCUAAUACUUCUGUCAAUCCUAACCACAAUUUUUCUUAUUUAGGCGAUUUUCUGGCCACUUUAAAUCAGUCAAGUAGCUAUAGCAGACUGAGGAGCAGAUUUUUAGAUGAAACCGGAAGUCUAGAUGUCAACCUAAGUGAUAACAAUUCAUGUCAUCUGAGUGAUAUUAGCAGUGUUUCUAACAAUUUUCAUAUGAUGGAUGAUAAUGAGAGCAUAGAUAAUGAAAUAAACUCUUCCCAAGACAAUGCAAUAGAAAGUGCAAGUUCAUACAAAAGUGAAAAUGAUGCUGAAAAUAAUGAUAAUGAUGGUUAUCUUGAUAAUGAUCUCGAUGAUGACGACGACGACGACGAUGACAUUGAUGAUGACUAUGAAGACAUAGAUGGUGUUAUCAGAAGUGUUACUGAAAAAAAUUUGUCUGCUAAUAAAAAUAAUGAAAGAGAUGAAUGUGUUGAUGUUGACAUGAAAUCAAAUAUUGAGCAAACCAUUGCUGAUCAUGAUAUAACAAAAUUUAUGCAUCUCAACAAAAAUAAGCCGCUAGAUUCCAGACAAUUAAAAUCAGACUCACACAGAACCAAUCAAAAUAACAAAAUGGUCAACCUCAACAACAGUCUGGGGUCCAAUCACAAUUUAAAAAUAGAACCAGCCGUCAACCUGACACACAGAUUUGACACUGACGAACGAGCGAUAGAACUGAACGAAAUUUUCACAGAAAAAGAUUUAAUCAAAGACCAAAGAAUCUCAAACAUAGAUAGCGAAAGUAAAAUGAAUCUACUGAUAAAUGGAUUUGUAGGUGGCAGUAGUGGCAGUAAAGUACUGACCUCACAGCUCAAAGGACCCAAAGUAACAUUGGAGUUUUAUUGCAAUCGAACCAAGGGAUUUGAUGACGACGGAAAUCCAAUUAGGGUCAAAGAUACAUUUAAGUUGCAUAAAGUCGAGUCGUUAGGUGAGUUGAAUGACAAAAACGUCAACAAAAACAUUAACAAUAAUCUAAAAGCUUCAGACAGUAAAAAUAACAUUAGUGUCAGUGAUGUUGAGGAGUUGAAAAUUAAUAAAAAAUUUGAGGACCUUAAUACAAACACCAACAAUGACAAAGACAACAACAAACUUGAUGAAAGACCCCAAAACAAAGAACUAAAAAUUAAUAAUAAUAAUAGCAGUAGUAGGGUUAGUAGUAGUAGUAACAACAACACAAACAACAACAUCAUUAAACAUGUCAAACAGCAAUUAAAACCAUCCCCUGGCUUAGCCAAGAGAGUUGAUGAUAAUGAUAACAACAACAAAAUUGACAAUAAUAAUAAUAAUAUUAAUCAUAAGAAAAAUAAUAAAGUUAGUCGCGGUGCUGAUUAUGAUGAUGACAAUGACGAUAAGGACGACUACUACUGUAGAAUUCAGUCACCCAAAAGGGGUAAUAAUGAUAUUGGAAAAGAUGAUAAAGAUAAAACUGUUAAAAAUAAUGAUAGCAGGAAUAAUAAAGAUGAUGAUGAUGGUGGUGAUGGUGCUGAUAAAAAGAAUGGUAAAUUUAAUCACGCCAGUAUCACCAAGUCGAAGAAUGCUAGCAGUUUUGAUAAGAAAAUCAUAAACCUUACAAUUAAUAAUGAUUAUGAUGAUGAUGAUGGUGGCGGGGUUGAUGAUGAUUAUGGCAGAGAUGAUGAUGAUGAUGAUAGCGUUAGCGGCGGUGCUGAUAAUGAUGACGAUAAUAAUAAUAAGAACGAUGAUGUUGAUAAUGAUGAUGAUGAUGAUGACGUAGUCGACGACGACGACGAUGAUGAUGAUUUUAAAAAAUUGGACAAGUAUUUAGUUGGGAUUAAUGCCAGCUCUAGAGAUAACAAUGAUAAUAAAAUUAAUAAUAAUAGUAAUAAUGAAAGUGAUAAUAACAACAACAAUAAUAAUAAUAAUAAAUUUUCCCAGCAGAGCAAAAAAAUCAUUGAUUUCAGGAGUGAGGACAUUGAGUCCAGCCUGAAUGAGAUUAGGACGAUCCUAUACGGCUCGGUCGCCGUUGACCUCAUCAAUGACCACACCCCAACCAAUAAUAAUAAUGACAACAACAAUAAUAAUAAUAACACUGAUAAAAACGAUAAUAAUAUUAAUAGUAGUGACGGUAGCAAUGAUAAGAACAGCAUUAAUGGUGAUGACGCUGAUGCUAAUAACGAAUGUGCUUACAAUAGAUUUGCUAACAAUAACUGUUGUAAGGAUAGUAGCAAUACUAGUAAUAAUAAUAAUGAUGAUGAUGAUGAUGAUGGUGGGGGAAAUGUUAACAUUUCUAGAUCUAAAUCUUUCAACACAAAUCCAUUUGCAAAUGAUGCUAACGAUGACGAUGAUGAUGAUGACGAAAGAGUGUCAAAAACAACAAUUACUACUAAUACUACUGCUACUAAUACUACUACUAAUACUACUGCUACUAAUACUACUACUAAUACUACUAAUAACAGUACUUGCACUAUGACUAAUGCAAAGAAACUCGUAAGUGCUGAUAGAACGUCAGAUGAUCAUGGCAAAUACGAUAACGAUAAUAUUUAUGAAUUUAUCAGCGACAACCACAAAAGAAGCAACCCCGGCACAUCAUCAUUAUCACCACGGCUGGAUAAUAAUAAUAAUAUUAGUAAUAAUAAUAAUAAUAAUAAUAAUAAUAAUAAUGGUAAUAAUAAUAAUAAUAUUGAACUUUCUGUUAUUGAUGAGUUACUAGCUGAGUUGAGAAUGACGGUCAAAUUUGAUGACGACGACGAUGACGACGAUGAUGUUAAAUUUAAAAGUGACGUUAAUAAUGAGGAUGGUGGGUGUAAGGCCGUGAUUGAUGAUGAUGAUGAUAGUGUUGGUAAUGUAUCUAAAAAUGAUGAUGAUGCAGUAGACGAUGAUGAUGAUGAUGAUAUUAUCAAUGUUGAUGGCGAACAUUGUUUAUCAUCGUCGUCAUCAUCCUAUAGAAGAAAUCCAAAACAUAGUAAGAAUAAUAAUAAAAUCAACAUUAGUAGUAGUAAUAAUAAUAAGAAUAAUAAUAAUAAAGGGGACAACACCGGCCAAAUGUUCACUGAUAAUUUGAUUAAAUCCUCCAAGAACCCAUUUUUAAAGAGUGAUGGAGAGUGCCUGUCGGAUAGCGAGCCGCGCGACAACAACCGCAACAAGCAACUACAACAAACAAAACAACGACAGCAGCAACAGCAGCAGCAACAACUACAAUCAUCAUCGUCGUUAUCUUCGGCCAUGAUGAUGAUGAUGAUGAUAAGGGAUGUCGAAAAGACCUUCUCUCUCUCCCCUGAAAUCACAGAUUGCGAUAGUGCAGACGCCUGCAGCAUAAUUUCCGAUGAUCACGUGAUUGGUAAUAACAACAACAAUAAUAAUAAUAACGGAGGUGGUGAUGAUAACGCUACUGGGGAGAAGAAUUCGCCUAAUUUGAUGCCGGCUGUUGAAGACGGGUUAUCCUCUGAUGAUGAGAAUAAUAAAGACGAUGAGCGUGGAGAUGGCCGUGUAAAUGAUGUCCUGACCAAAAGAAGAAAUAAGAGUGAGGUCGGUGGUGGUAUGUUUUGUAACAGUGAUGAAGUUCACCUUGGCAACAACAACAACAACACUAACAACAAUGACGACGAUGAUGAUGGUGACGACGACGACGAUGAUGAUAAAGGUGAUUUCGUCAAGAGGACUAGGAAAAAGAAGGUGAAUAAACACAAUAGUAAUAAAAAAAAUAAGCCGAAAAUUUUGAAAGAAUUUUCCAGAAUGGUGGAUUCAGCUAACCACCUAGCUAGUUCAGCCAAUAAAAUGAAGAAGUCGAUAUCGCUGAACACAUCCCUGAAUCAUCACCAAAUCCCUGAAAUUAAGCAGGCUCAAAAUGGCUGCAAGAACGUGAACAAACACGACGAAAAAUUAUUACCCCUCCCAACUUUCACCAACAGCGCUAAUGAUGUCCGCGGUAAUAAUAAUAACAACAACAAUAAUAAUAAUGAUAUCAACAAUACUAACAACAAAAAUAAUAACAAUUCACUGGCAAAUGUAAAGAGAUCUGUAGCAUCAGCAACGCCGAUAGUGACAAAUGCGAAAUCGAAUAAAAUGAAUAAUAAUAAUGUUAAUAUUAAUAAAAAUGAUAAUAAUAAUAAUAAAAAUAUUUGUGGUAAUAAUACUAAAGUUUUGAGUAAUAAAAAUAAUGUUAAUAAAAAUACAAACUCUAUGCAAGCCAAAUGCAAUAAUAAUAUCAAUAAUAAUAGUAGUAAUAAUAAUAAUAAUGGCCAAAUAAAAUAUGCAUCAAAUGAUGUUAAAGGCAGUACAAAUAAUGCAAAAAAUAAUAACAACAAUAAUAAUAAUAAGAGCAGAGAUUCUUCAAAAUUAUUUCCAAGUGAAAAGACAAGUGAAUCAAAUGAUACGAUUGAUUUGAGUAACAAGUAA